GAUAGGAGGCAGGGGCGAGGAGCCUACCCCUGUGCAGGACGGGACUAAACUGGUGGUGGUGGGGUGGUGGAGGUUGCCGUGUUAGCACACUGAAACAGCAAUGUGAUAGAUUGUGAGCAGACUUAUAAAGCAUUGGCUUACAUGUGAUUGGCUAGGAGUUACCUAGCUAAUGGUGCGAUGAUGUACAGCUGCUAGUCUUCCCGCUAGAACUACGCUGAGCUUACAUUUCCAAAAGGCUUUUUAACAUAUACAAAUUUAAAAAAAGUUUGUUGCCGAAAUAAAUAUUAAAGAUAAAAGAUCUAAUGUAGGCUACUACUAGUUCUACUCACUGCAUUCUCAUUUAUAUAAAGGCCUGCACAUGGAGUGGAAUGUUGUCUUGCUGUAGUCUGAACAAAAAGGUUUUAUUUAAUUAUUAAGAAGUUACUUUUAACGUUUUAAUCUGAGUUAGAAUUAUUAUUAUGAUCAUUUUGAAUUGAUGUAGGCUUUUUAAGGAAUGAUAAAUUAUUAAUAAAUUAUUUUAAAGACAUGGCACCUUUUUGAUCAAUCUCAUAUUAUGUAACGUAACAGGACUACAACAGAACUAAAUCUAUAUUUCUUUUGAGUUUACCAGCAUGUGUUGUGACCAUGAAGGACAUUCCCCCUUUAUUCAGGUUCUUAUAUAGCUCUCUUCAAAGACACAUAAUAUAGAUUCCUAUGACGAGUGUUCAGUUCUGACAUUUUGUAUUGAGCUCAGGCUGUAUGAAUCCUUGAUAAAGCUCAUCUGUCUGUCAAAGCAAAAGGUCAGGUUCUUCAGUCACUUAGCUUGGAAAGCACAUUGACAGAAAAAUUGUGCACAGAAAAAAGUAAAAUCUCUGAAUAAAGAGGUAGAAAUGUAAUGUACAAAGUAUUUAAAAAAAAUUCAAGAUGUUUACCCAGUCAAAUAACACAUUUAUUUUGAACAACAUUCUUUUGAGGUAAAUUGACUUUACAUUGACUUGACAUUUCUUCAAAAUAACUGUAAUAACAAAACAAUCAAAAAUGGCAAAACAGUUUGAAUGAUUUUUACCCUGCAUAAUUCAGUUUGGAUGUCUCCACAGGAGACAAUUCAAUUGCAUUUCACUUUAAAUGAACCAAGUGCCCUUUCAAUGGCAUUUUCAUAAGUAGGAUAUGGGAUAUGUGACUUUUAUUUUCUUUUUUUUAAGGGAAAAAGAUAACCCUCAUGUUCUGUUAAGACUGUCUUUAUGUUUGGGGUCCCACAGACCCAGUUCUGUAUAUGUAAAAAUAAAACAAUUAUUUAAAAUGUAAUCUUUUCUUGAAUUUAUUUAUUUUUGUAUAUGUUGCUCUGACUUAAUCAAAUCCCAGUAGACAGACAGUAUUAAAAUUAUAACCCUCUAUUUAACCACAAAGCAGGCUUACACUCUCUGAAAGGUGAUUGUUAUCCAGAAUAAUACAAUUUCUGUUUGGGAUCAAUUUGACCCCAGCAAAAAUGCAUAGUAGAAAAAUACACAAACAAAUCAAAGUAAAAUCUUAGCAUGUGAAUGUAUUAUUAUUAUUAUUAUUAUUAUUAUUAUUAUUAUUAUUAUUAUUAGUAGUAGUAGUAGUAGUAGUAGUAUUAAUCACGUUUUAUAUCUGAGGUCUCUAUGACCCAAAAAUUUUAAUGUAACAUUUUUCAUGGAUGCUGGCUUUUACUGUCUCUCAGUCUGAAUGAAUAUAAUAUGAAUAUGACAGAAUAUGGAAUAUGGUUAAAGGAAAAAGAUUGUCAGCAGAAAUUGGAAAACAAUUAUUAGUAUAUUGUUUCUUACUGACAUAACUACAUUUUACUGUACUUUAGUGACUUCAUAUUUCAAGCACAGUACAUUGUUCUCAUUUGAGGACAGAAAGAGGCCAGACAGAGACACAUGGCUCCUCCCUCAAUUUUAGUAAAAACAUUCCAGCCAAGGAAGAGCGCCAGCGAAUAUGAAACCCUGGAAUUCUCUGUUUCUGGUCCUUUCUCCUUGUGAGCUGUCUAACUGGAGGACAAGGACGUUCCAUAACCAGCUACGGUUCACAUCAGCCUCUCAGAGUUUUGAAAUUCUUUUGUUUUGUUAGAAAAAGUGUCCAUUGUCCAAACCCACCAUGAAAGCCACCAUAUUCUUCAUUCUCUCGAUCAUAUUUACUCAGCGUUCCAGAGGCCAGUACCACUACCAGGGUCUGAUGAACUACCUGGAAAACAGGAUGCUCGCUAUGGAGGAACGUAUUGCCCUGUGGCAUGAACAGAACAACCGCUACAAUGCUGAUCUGAAGGAAUUUAGGCAGCAAGCUACAGACCUGUUGGAGAAGUUAGGCAAGGAGUACACUAAACUGCAUUCAGACCUGGAGGGUGCCGCAGCACAGGUGGACCGUGUAGAGCGUGAGAUGGACUACACUGAAACCAAGAAUCCUCCAAAGCCUUGUGUUAAAGCAGCAGACAAGAUGGUGGAACAGGACGUGGUUGUCAAGGAGAGGAAGAAGGAAGAGUUCUUCGAGGUCUCUGUGUGCGUUAACAUUGUAUCCAGUAUUCAAGCAAUGAAGAUCCUUAAGAGACUGGGGAGUCCCAAAGGUGUCUGGACCAAAGAUGCCAUAUCAGCAAAAGUCUAUGUCUUUAACAGCACGUCUGAUAACACACUGUAUGAGUUCAACUCCGUCCGAGAGCUCUCCACAUCAUCAGGCAUAUCUAAAGGCAGACAAGUUAGUCUACCCUCUGCUUGGAACGGAACCGGUCAUGCGGUAUAUGAUGGCUUCCUCUACUAUGUCAGUGAGGACUCUGAGCUCCGAAUUAUUAAAUAUGACCUCAGCAAUGGUUCAGUUGCAGACAGUGCAGUGUUUCCUGUAGAAGAUCACACCCCAGUGUACAGCCUUAAUCCAGAGACUCUGGUAGACCUAGUGGCAGAUGAAGAUGGGCUAUGGGCACUAUACGCUGCUGGAGACACCAUCAACCUAGCUAAAAUGGACGCCAACUCCCUGGACAUAGAGCAGAUGUGGGACACGGCAUGCCCGAGAAACAAUGCUGAAGCAGCUUUUAUUGUAUGUGGCACAGUCUAUGUGGUUUACAACACCAAGCCACCAAGCCGCUCACGUGUGCAGUGUGUGUUUGAUGUGAAUGACAUGGUAAGCAGUGGUGAGGCCCCACUGGUUUAUUUCUCCAGGCGCUAUGGGGCCCAUUCCAGCCUGAAAUACAAUCCUGAGGAGAGGCAGCUUUAUGCAUGGGAUGACGGGUACCAGAUUCUUUAUAAGCUCGCACUGAAGAAGAAGCUAUGGGCGAUAAUGCCGCCACCUGAGGAAUAGGUGUGCGUUUAAAGACACUGUAACAUCAAAAUGAGGGUUUUGUGGCUUGCAGUCCAUGUGUGUGUGCUUUAAGGCCAUUUAUAAUACUUAAGUAUUGACAAAAUGCACUUUUAGCAGAUAUAGAUAUUUAAAUUACAGUCUCUACUUUCUGGAAAAUCAUUCAAAAAUAUUAUUACUCAUGUUGUACUACAAAGUUUUUUGUCCAAUCAGACGCUCUAUAAAAUAUGAAUGUCCCUCCCCCCUGCAACUGACUAGCAAGCAGCAAAUCAUGGUUCAUGGCUUUGAUCUAAAUAAAUUGAAGGCGACUAGCCCUCCGAUAUGUCCUGCCCAAACUUACUGUUUAAAUGUGUAAUAUGUCAACACAGGUCAGUAAACUGUACUCGCCAAGCAAUAUCAUGGUGUCUUUAAAGGGCAUAACAUUUCUGGCCUCAAAAUGUUUUUCUUUAAAAUGAUCAAUGCACAGAUACAUUAUAUUGCUUUAGUUGCACAUUUUAUUAAAAAUAUAUAAGAGAAAAAAAGGAGU